GCUUCUCUUUCUCUUUCUCUUCCCCUGUUUACAUUUUACUUUAUACCUUUUUUAUUCGAUACCUAUAUCUACACCAUUUUAAUCCGUUUGAAACUCCCGCUUUUUUCUUCUAAAAAUGAUGUUCAAGCACUCCGCCACUAUUCUGGCCCUGGUCACCUUGGCUGCUGUCAAUGCACAGCCCCUUGUUCCCCGUGGCGAGACUUACCCCUCAGACAUUGGAAUCAUCCUCAACAACGUUGUCGGCGCUUUUGACCUUAAUGAGUCCAGCACUAACCCAAUUGUCACCCAGAUAGGUGCUGCCGCGACCAAGCUCAUGUCCGCUUACGGCCAGGACAACCAGGAGGAGGUCGACGAGAAGGUCAUGUCCUCGCUGCUGGCGUCGCUGGAUGCUGAAACUGACCCCAAGGUUGCGUCUCAAUUGGCUGCAAACAUUGUCCCUCUGUUUGACAAUAUAAAGGAAGAGCCAAUAGAUCCUAUCUUGUACAACUCACUUGUAUCGGCUCUGCAAAAGCCCACGGUUGCCACCGAGAUCACUGCUAUUGUCCAUGAGCUAAUUGGUUUUGUUGCCGGUGUGCGCAGCGCUAUAGUAGAAAAGUUUGGAGACACCCCGAAUGACACUGAGGUUAUUGAAAAUGGAGAGUCCAUCGAGACUGAGACUGAGACUGAAGUUGAGUCCAAGGUUGAGUUGGAUGAGGGUGAGCUGUCGGAGGAUAGUGAGGAGGCCUCGGACAACCACCCCACGUCUUUCGGUAGCAAAUCCAAUUCCUCGGAGAGCUCGGGCUCGAGCUCGAGCGCAGCAAGCACCAGUCGCAUUGCCUCGGGUAUUCUGUUCAUGGGCGUUGUUGCUGGCGUGAUCACCGCUUUUUUUUAACUUUAUUGCUUUUAUUGUUUAGUUUUCACAAAAAUGAAAGUAAUAAUAAUACCACGGAUGUAUUAAAAACAUU